AUGGGUAACUAUAAACCAAGUAUUAAGCAAUAUGUUGUGACAGCAAAAGCAAUAAAAUCCUCACAAUUUGCAAGACUUGGUAUCUGCGCGAUAGUUCUUCUUUUCAUAUUGGGCUAUCCCUUCUACUUCAUAUCAAAUAACCCAUUCGAUACAUCAAUACGAUUCCAAUACGUUGAUCCAUAUAAUGAUACCACUCGAAAGUAUACCACCAUUGAAAAACAACACACCGAUAUUGGUGGUAACAGUACCACUAUUAUCUAUCCCAAAAAUUUAGACUUGGACUUAGACCAGGCGGCUUUGCAGCAAGUUUUAAAUACCACCAACACAACAAACCCCUUUGUCCAAUACAUUGGUAACUCGUCAUCUAUAGCGUUUAGUCAAUUGAAUCAAACUUUAGCUACUCACAAUAUACAGGUUUUUGAUUCGUCUUCAAACUCCAAAAACUGUCUGGAUAUAUUGACUGAAACACGAUUAACAAUUUCCCAAAACAUAAUUAUCAAGGAGCUGUUUGAAAUAAUGAUCAAACGACUAAUUCAUCAAUUGAAUACGGAACCAGCAUUUAAAGAGCUUGCGCCUUUUUUCCAGAAUAGACUUUCACUUCAUUUGCGAUGGAAAACGUAUCAUAAACAUUUUUACAAAUUUGCCGGAACCUCGGUAUGGUUAAAGGAUUAUGGGGUACAUUUAAUGAUUAGUAGGGUCAUAUACUCUCAGAAAGCUAAAAAGGGGGAUCCUCAAAUAUCGUUACUAUAUGCUCAAUUAUAUGAUACUAAUUGGCAAGAAUUAACAAAUACAGAUCUCCUUGUGUCGAUGCAAGAUACCACUGGGGCAUACAAAUUGGAAACAUUGCUGUUCCCACGAUUCUUACCCAUGCCCUUUUAUUUCAACCCCCUGUUAACUAAAGGAAGAUGGUAUGGUCCCGAGGAUGCACGUAUUAUGUUGGUUAAAAACCAAUUGGAUAUAGAAGAGCCAAUGAUAAUUUUCAAUUCAUAUCAUCGUCAAAUCACUAAUCAUACAACUACUGAAACGAAAGAUGGUUCUGUUGAACUAAAUUUUGAGUUUUAUAGAUCAAUGUUUGUUGGUUGGCCAUUUAGAUACCAAUUGGGUAAAGCAAAUACUGAUGGGUUCGUUGACGAUAGGUUUGAUAAUGUAAAGUUCACAAGAGUGGCCGAAUUAAAGAUUCACAACCAAACUCGAGCUGCAGUUGAGAAAAACUGGACGCCCUUUGUUGAUCCUUCAGAACGGAAUCCUGAAGACAAGAGUCUUUAUAUUGUAUAUCAAUGGGAUAAAUUGAGGAUUUUAAAAUGUGACAUUAGCAAUUUAGUGACUGACGAUGGGUUUACUCAUUAUAGUGCAUGCAAGUUCAAACAGGAUAGUAAACUUAAGAAAGUGGAAAAAGUGGGACCAAUCAGAGGAGGCACAGAAUUGAUUCCAACAACUAUAGACAACAAACGGUUAUGGAUUGGGUUUUUGAGAGCACAUAUUGAUAAAUGCGGUUGUGGGAAAGCUAUGUAUCGUCCGAAUAUGGUAGUAUUGCAAAAGACCGACAAGGGAACAUUUAAGGUAGCUUAUUUAUCGUCAUAUAUAUCGUUCAAUAUUCCUGUUCCUGGUUGGAAAACUCCGGAUAUCCAAUGUGCCAAAAAAGACCCAAGUGUUUUGAUUCCCAAUGGUAUUUCUAAUUGGGAAGUGGCUACAAUUGAUGGAAUUGAGCGAGAUGUUUUGACUAUGACAUUAUCUGCUGCUGAUGAAGACAACAUUCUUAUGGAUAUACAUGGGUUAAAAACAGUUAUUCAGGAUCUUAUUACAAAUCAGAAACAAGACAACGAAUUGGACACUGACCUGGUUCAAAUGAAGUGUGUUGUUGCUUACUCAACUGAAUUCUGUAGAGCGUAUGGUGAGGAACAGGCCAGGUUAGGGUUGACAGGAGGAUGGUUGCCACAGCAUAUUUAG